GUGCAGUUCUUGUUGAGUACAUAAGUGAAGACAGUUUCUACUUGUCUGUCUGCUUGAUGUGCAGCAAGGCAGGGGCACACAAGAGAAUCAAUUCUGAUUUACUGUUUUGACAGAUCUUCAUCUCGGCGUUCAUCGCUUGCUUACAAUCGCUACUGAUAAGCAACACUGAUUGUAGCUUAGAAAAUUGGACUAGCUUAGAAAGUUUCUUACUUAAAUAAAGACGAUAAAUAGGCACAGCACGGAAACGAAUUAGAUGAACAGAAAUAUGACUGCGAAGAAGAAAUUUCUAUUAAUUUUAUCAAUAUUUUUAAUUGUUGGAGCGGUUUAUGGACAGGAUACUGACGAGCACGAGGAGGACUUCUCUAAUUCCAUAGACGAACAUAACAUCGAUGUGAGUGAGAAUCGCUUAGCAGCUCAACUGCUUGCAGUGAUUGAGCACUACAAGCAAGAAGAUCCAGUCGGUUUUCCUGGUGCGCCGAUUCCCGAUCCAAUGGACGUGCCUGAUAUGAAGAAAAGUCUAGGCAUGGCCACUUUGAAUAUGAUCAAAGUGAAGGCACAUGGACUUUCAAAAUUCCGUAUACAGAACAUAAAUGCCGAUUUAAAUGCAAUGAGGGUUGACGCUGGUAUACAACUUGACGAAAUGCUUGUUAAGGGCUCUUACACACUAAGUUCGUUCUUCUCCAAAGCCAGUGGGCCAUUUAAUGUUAUAUUAAAGAAGGUCGUUGUUAAGGGAUCUGCAACACUAACAGUUCAGCGCGACGGGCACCUAACAACUGAAAGCAUUAAAAUGGAUAUAACAUUCUCCGAUAUGUCCAUGGACUUUGAAAAUCUUGGUUUUCUUGGAUCCGUAUUUCAGGGUAUUGUGAAUUCGGCACCGAAUCUAGUCUUUGACGCAAUGAAGCCAUUUAUGUUACAAGAAGCAGAUAAGCAAUUACGUGAAGAGAUCAACAAGAAUAUUGGCAAGCUUAUGGGAGAUCGGCUAUUACCAAAUUCAAUUACACCCCUCGACAUGGCCAUAGCGGAGGGACGUAAAAAAGUCCGCAUGAUGGGUUACGACCCAUAUCAUUUGCCCGACUAUAAUCGCACUGUAGGUAUCUUUAGCAUGCAGCUGUCAAAUACGUGGAUCAGUGGAAUAGCCAGUUUUUAUCGCGUUGGAGAUAUCAUCGUUGCAAUGAAGAAUAACACGAUAAUACUGAGCAUACGUGUAGGUACACAGGAACUGAUCGGUGCUGGACAGUGGCAGGUAGGUUGUGGAUUGGUGUCUCGUGUUGGGCAUGUCCAGUUCUCGGUGAAGCAUUUGCGGGUCACUGUAAAUGUGAGUCAAUCUCUCGAUACCAGAAAACGUCCGCAAAUUAACGACCUGCAAAUAGAGCUGGGUAACAUACAAGUACGUUGUGAUGGCGCUGGCUCUUUGGAUUAUCUUAUGGAAUUCGUAGUAAAUGUACUACCUAACUUACUAAGAUAUCAGAUAAUGGACGCGCUCGAGAAUCCUAUAAAAAUGCGACUACAGGAGAAAUUCAACACCAUAGACGUAGAGCAGGCCAUUAAGGAUAAUUUACAUAAGUUUGAAAAUAUGGGAGACGACUUCAAUUUUGAUUUUAAAUUCUAAUUUUUUAUUUGAUAAGCACACUUACAAUAACAUGCGUUACAAGCAAACAUAGAUAUAUACACUAGAUUUCCUAACAUAAAUAAAUAAAAUAAUAAAAUA